AUGAAAAACCUAUCAAUACAGGGAGAACGCCGUCGAUGUAUUCGACACGGGGAUGUCUUUGGUGAGACGUCAAAACUUGUCGACAUCUGCGAGUUGCUCAACGAAUCUUUAGACUCCCUUCGUAUUUUACUGGACAAUACAGGAAAACUUGUUUGCUUGAGCGAUUUUGAAGAAGUAGUCUGGACAUGCGAGUUGAGUAAUGUUUGCAUGGGGUCAAGAGACAUUUCUUGGUUUAGUCUCACUUACGUGGACCCCAUUCUUGUCUGCAUGAGCCACGAUGGUGCUAUUGUAAAAAUUUCUCCAGAAACGGGAGAAGCAGAGAUUGUUGGUGAAUUUGAGAAUGGGAUCGAGGCAGGGUGCUGGAGUCCUGAUUGUGAGAUUCUUCUUCUAGUUACUUCGAACAGACUAGAUGACGAUCCGUACACCGAAAAAUCGGUACUUUUAAGCAUGAAUGCACGAUGGGAGGUCCUCGCCGAGACAAAUAUUGAGACUCAUGCUUCAGCAAAGUUGGAUCUCGCCAACGAAGUUUCUGUCUGCUGGAAGCCCGAUGGCACAUUGUGUGCGGUGUCUUCUGUAGACGCUUCCGAUUCUGCCCGAUCACUCCGAAUAUACAAAGGAGAGACGCUUGCACUACAUGCCAUCGGCCGUUCAGAAGACGGAACUGGCAAACUGGUGCGGAAUCUUCAGCCAACUAAAGUAGCUUGGGCUGGACCAGGAUGCUCUCAAUUUUUAGCAUCUGUUCAGCGCAAAGGGAAGAACACGCAAGUUGUGGUAUUCUUUGAGCCAAACGGCUUAAGGCAUCGUGAAUUUACUCUUCGCGAGCACGAUGCUUCUGUAGUAUUGGCUUUGAACUGGAAUGCUGACUGCAAGCUAUUGGCGUUGAGUCUCAGGGCAGAGAAGUGCGAUAAAGUACAAAUUUGGCAUAGAUCCAACUACCACUGGUACCUCAAACAAGAAUUUGUUUACAAUGCUGAGCGGAUUGCUUCGGUGCAGUUUCACACAGAAAACCCCAGUACACUCUACGUCCUUUUCGAUUCUAGUCAUAGCUGGAGGGAGUACAAGAUUCGAUGGGAUUCGAGUACCGUUUUGAGCGAGCCUAGCUCUUGUAACGUAUUUGUGAUAGACGGCUGUAUGCUGAAAGUCACCCCACUUGUUAGAGCUAUCAUCCCUCCUCCCUUGUCGGCGGCACAGAUUACAUUCCCUUUUUCUGUGAAAGAGGUUGCUUUCAUACGACAUCGUAUAGCACCGAUCAUAGGCGUUGUUCAGCUUUCAAAUGGAAGCCUUCAUUUGCUUGCACGGGAAGGUGGUGAGGAAAGCUCUUUUAUAUCCAAUUUUUGUGCACCAAAGCCUCAUCGCGAGCUUGAUACGUCGCAUCUUGGUUUUGUCCCGAUGGAGCUCCGCAAUAUGGUCAUAGUACAGGUCGGUGCUGAUGAACUUCGGGUUGUGGCAAUCUUAUGUGCUACAGAAUCUCGACCACGUGAGACCUUUGUGGACAUAGCGGUUUCUAUGACAACUGGACACACCGCUCUGUUGAAUUCUAUCGAUUUAAAGGAAAGAGUUCUUGCCGUUGUACAAUGGUGCGAUUCAUUGGAGGGCGCCCUUGUUGAACUAGAAGGCGGUCACUUUCUAGAAUACGAAGUCAUGUCAAGCACCUUACUUCUCUCGCAAGUCGAACCUCUGUUAGAGCCCUGCCCAUGGAUUGCUGCGUUGAAAAAUAAUACGAGCGUUGGGGAAUCACUUAACUGUCACCAAUCAAGGAUCGUUGUGGGUCUAUCUGCCCGCCAUCGUCUGUAUUGUAAUGAUUUAUUGCUUUGCGAUGCAGCUUCGUCAUUCGAAGUUUCAAUGAUGCAUCUUUACCUCUGUUUCGUAUCAUCGGGGUCUCACUGCCAAAUGCGCUUCAUUGCUCUCAGAGACCUCUGGCAAUUCGAUCCAUUAAUGGGAUCUGAGGAAAACGUUCUCUCCGUUGGUUUUGAACCCAGAAAUGUUGAGCGGGGCACAGGUUUGGUUGCGAUACUUCCUACGCAACCAGCUGCUGUGCUUCAAAUGCCACGAGGAAAUCUAGAAACCAUAUAUCCGCGAGCUCUGGUGCUGCGUUAUUCCCUCUUGAAGAUUUCUGAUGGGCGAUAUGGUGAAGCAUUUAGAAUGAUGCGUCGUCAGAAGAUCGAUCUGAAUUUGAUUGUGGAUGUAAAUCCAUGGUAUUUCUUGGACUUCGGCCUGGCAGUCUUCAUCAAAGAAGUCUACAAUAUCCACGACCUCAACCUUUUCAUCUCAGGUUUACAAGCUUCCGAUUGUACGCAGUCUCGUCAGCUUAUCUCAAAAGACUUGCGACAAAUCUUCAAAACCACUGGAGAGCACUUAGAAUGUUUUGAUUUCUCAUCCAAAGUGAAUCAAAUCUGUGCUGCGAUGCGCAAACUUCUAACGCAAAUGGAAACGGGCAUGGCUUCUCCUUCAAAGACUCGUAAAACACACGAAUAUCUACUUCCGAUCCUCUCAACAUACGCUAAAGAGGACCCCCCAAAACUUGAAGAGGCAUUGGCUCUAAUAAAGAAGUAUGCGGUCGAGUAUCAGCAAGAUACUCAUUCCUGUGUAUCUGAUAAAAAGCCGGCUCUUUUCUCGGAGUAUGCACAAAGCUCUAUUCAAUAUCUUGCAUUUCUUGCAGAAUACGAUCUUCUGUUUAGUACUGCUUUGGGUAUGUAUGACUACGAAAUCGCCAGAGCAGUUGCCAGAAACUCGCAGAUGGAUCCAAAAGUGUAUCUUCCCCUCCUAAAACGGUACAAAGAUUUUCCAGUGUUCUAUGGGCGGUACGAAGUAGACUUGCGACUAAAAAGGUAUGAAAGAGCUCUUCGGAACUUGCAUAGGUCGGGCGUUUGCCAGGAAUUUCCUACCCAAGAUGGAUUUGCUGAUACAAAUGCAACGGACAACUUCAGGUGUUGUAUGAAGUUAAUUGAAGAGCACAGUCUUCAUGGCGUAGGUCUUAAGCUUUUUGAACAAGAUGAAACUAAGCAGGCGCAAAUCAUGCUUUCCCUUGGAGACCAAAUGAUGACGGAGAAGAAAGUGGAGACUGCCUUGUCAUUAUAUUUGGCAUGCUCCAUUUCUGAUACUGAGCGCAUUAAGAGAGCUGCGAGGGUCUCACAGAACUGGAGGGUUUUUUUUCAGAUUGCCAUGGGAGAAAUAACAGGAUCUGACGUAGAACAUCGAAAGUUCCUGCUUGGGCAUGAAGUCGCUGACGAAUUAGCGACAAAAGCUGAAGGUAGUGUUGCGAAAAACGAGCUUCUUUGUGAAGCUGCAAGAAUUCUGCUUGACUACGCCUGUGACCCUGUCGCAUCAGUGGAUAUGCUCAUCCGGGCCGAAAACUGGGUAGAAGCUAAACGAAUUGGCGAACUCGUCGAGCGAAACGACUUAUGUCGGAAAACAGUUGAGGCUGCAUGUUCUUAUGUCUACUCGACCAUAGAAGAUUUGCAAAACAGAGCAGCAUCUUUUUUUGAUGCAAACAAGAGGUAUGCCGAAGUGAUCAAAAUCCGAAGAGAAGCGGUUGGUUCCGGCGAUGGCGAAGAAGGGGAAAUCGAUGAUGGCGAAGAUGAUAGCUCGGUUUUUUCCUCUAGAUCCAACGCUUCGUUUUCGUCGCUCCCAAGCACGGCCAGUACAGGUAGCGUUGGUAGCACGGCGAGCCUUUCAUCAAUUAUCAGUAUCAAGUCGACAAGCUCAUUUAAUCUUGUAGGUACCGAGGAAACCAAUCGUCAUAAAAGCAAGUACAAUAGGGCUGGACGAAACAAGAUUAAAAAGAAGAAGAGAGGUAAAUCAUCGAAGAUAAGACCAGGAAGUGUCGAAGAGUUAGAUGGCCUUGUCCAGUCGAUGAAAUCUGCUUGCUUGGAUGACGGGUAUAGUGAUGCUAUAUCAAAAACAGUGAUAUUUCUAAUACGCACUGGAGAGCAAGCAACAGCGAAGAAGCUUUUCAGCUCCUAUGUAUCCAUGACGGACAGCUGUGACCAGUCGCGUCGAUGUAGAUGGGAAGCAGAAAAGGUUGAGCAGGUGAAUAAAGACCGUAAUCAGCGCUCGGCUGGGGGCACCAGAAUCGCAAGUACUAGGCUUUCAGUCGAAGAUGAAGUUGACACAAUCAAGUCUUCGGAACUCUCUAGCUCUGUGUAUGAGUUUUUCUCGUAUUUCGAUCAUGAAUCUUCCUAUUGUGUAUGAUUCUUACCAUGCAAAUUUGUCU